CUGCGUGACCCGGAAGUGCUCGUGGAGGCCCCGCCCUCGUCCGCAAUAGCGCCCUCGAGGAACGCGCCACUUCCUCUCUUUGCCGGCGCUCGUCGAGGAGGCAGCAGGCCGGGCCUCGAUAUGCAGAACGACGCGGGCGAGUUCGUGGACCUGUACGUGCCGCGGAAAUGCUCCGCCAGCAACCGCAUUAUUGGUGCCAAGGACCACGCGUCCAUCCAGAUGAACGUGGCCGAGGUUGAUAAGGUCACCGGUAGGUUUAACGGCCAGUUUAAAACCUAUGCCAUCUGCGGGGCCAUUCGCAGGAUGGGUGAAUCAGAUGACUCUAUUCUACGAUUGGCCAAGGCUGAUGGCAUCGUCUCUAAGAACUUCUGAGUGGAGAGAGUUGUGGAUGUGCAACACGGCUCAUAAAUAAACAGUCAUAAAACA